ACAAUAAUAAAAUUAAAAUAAUCUCCACCCAUUGCAACGCAUGGAUAUUUUUUUUUAGUAAAUAAAAAAGAAUCCAAAAGAUAACUGGGUUAAUAGAAUCUCUAAGACUGGCCCAUUUAGCGGCGCUUGGCCCAUUCGAACGUGGAACAACGAACAAGACGAAGCUGUUUUCUUGGGCCUCACGGAUCUCCCCGUCUUCCCCCCUCGCCUCCUUCCCUCAUCCUCGCCGCCGCAUCCCACGCCGCCGGCUGCCGCCACGCGACGCGCCGGCCAUGGGCCAUGUCAAGAAAUCCGUAUUGGUCGCGCACGAGAGCCAUGGAGAAGUUAACCCGCCAGAAAAGGAAGGAGGAGGCAGCCCGAAGAGGAGGAGGACGGAGGCGGAGGAGGAAGAAGAUGAUGGUGAUGAGGAGGCCGCCGCCGGCGACCUCAUCGGGGACCUCCCGGACGACAUCCUCCGCGACAUCAUCGCCCGCCUCCCCACCAGGGAAGCCUGCACCACGCAGGUCCUCGCCAAGCGGUGGCGCCAUCUCUGGCGCUCCACGCCGCUCCGCCUCGACUACCGUAGCCUCCCCCUCCGCCGCCACAACAAGGGGAACGCCCUCGCCGUCGCCGUCGCCGGCGUCAUCUCCGCCGUCCUCUCCGCCCACCCGGGCCCAUGCCGCUGCCUCUGCGUCCCCGCCGACAGCAGCCGCGACACCGUGGAUACCUGGCUCCGAUCCGCCGCCGUCGACAACCUUCAGGAGCUCGAGUUCCUCAGCAACCGCGGCGGUGCGCCGCCGCCACCAUCGCCGCCUCCUCCUCCACCGGUAUCCCUCUUCCGAUUCUCUUAUACCCUCCACAUCGCCACCAUCAGCAGGUGCGAGCUCCAGCACACCACCGUCCAUGAGCUUCGCUUCCUGCGGCUCAAGCAUCUCGGGCUCGAGGACGUCACAAUCACGGAGGCCUCGCUGCACGCCAUGAUCGCCCGCUGCCCGCUGCUGGAGUGCUUGCUGCUGGCUCGCAGCGUCGGCUUCCGUCGCGUUCGGAUCAACUCGCCUAGCCUUAGAAGCUUGGGUGUGUUGGUUGCGCGUCGUCGGAUAGCAGCGCUGCCGCGGCAGACGCAGCUGGAGGAAAUCAUCGUCGAGGAUGCCCCUCUUCUCGAGAAGUUGCUCGAUCUUGCAGUGCACAAUAACCUGCGAUUAUCGGUAAUUUCCGCGCCGAAGCUGGAGACUAUUGGUUGCCUUACAGAUCGAUGGUUUGGCCCAAGGAUCAUGUUUGGCACUACAACUGUUGUCAAGGGAGUGAGUGUUGUUAGGUUGACAGAGGCCGUGCGCACUAUGAGGAUUUUAGCAAUCAAUAUGUUUGUUCUUAAUCUGGCUAAGGUGAUUGACUUGAUGAGAUGCUUUCCAUGCUUGGAGAAAUUGUACUUGAAGUGUUGUCUAUCUGCUGGAAAUAAUUAUUGGCGUUGUGAAUACCAGACUCUUAUCAAAAUCCUUGAUAUCCGUCUGAAGACAGUGGAGUUGGAAAAUUACCGGGGAACCAAGCCACAAAUCGACUUUGCCCAGUUCUUUGUACUUAAUGGUAAAGUGCUAGAGUCUAUGAAAUUUGUGGUAAAGUCUGAAGAUUACUAUGAUGGGUUUGUUGCAAAACAACAUAAGAUGCUUCAGCUCGACAAAAGGGCUUCGAGAUGUGCGCGUUUCAAGUUUACCACUGAUAGAUGCCACCAUCAUGCAGAUCCUGAAUGUCCUAUAGAUAUUGAGCAUGUCCAAGAUUUGUCUUUUACUGAUCCCUUUGAAUGCAGAUGUUGAAGCCGGUUUGGUCUAUUUUGUUACUCAUGCUGAUCCCAUUUCUUGUUUCAAUCAAUAUGGAUUAUAGUUCUUUUAGAAGAAUGCCAGAUAACAUCUGUCAACUGCCAAUCUGGAAAUUUUUACAUGGUCGAUGGAUAUAUAAAGCAUAUUUGAGAAUUUUCAUGCUAAAUCCAGUACCUAGUAUCAGGUGCACUAUUAUACGAGUUCUUCGGAAUUGACUGCCCUAUAACAUGCUGAAUUCCUUUCUUUUUUUGCUGGGUAACAUCCUGAAUUCCUGACUAGUAAUGAUAGUAAGCCAUCUCCUUUGUGGGACGGUGUGUAAUUUUUAAUGGCUCGUAAGGCUGCAAACUUUGGUGUUCUGCUGGUAGUGAGAGUAAUGGUAGGAAAAUCAGUUUCUAGGAAGAUCAUAUUGGUUUGAACUUACUAGCCUUUGCUUUUCCCUACCAGGAUCUCUUCUCAGUUUCUCACAUUAGAUAAUCAGCAUAACUCUGUCACUGACUCACUCGUACUGUUGAUGGUUAUGAUGGCUCUAAUCUGGAGUUGUAUGUUAAACUUUCUACUGAUGUUAGCCUCGUAAUCCUCUGGCUACUGUUUGGAACCUAAUUAUCCCAUGAAAAUGCAUUGGUUCA